CAGAUGAUCACCGAUUACCGUUUUUGUUUUGCUUGAGGCAUGCAGACAUCCAUCCGGUGAAGAUACCGAAGUAGCCGUAGCCGUCUGAAUAGCCGUCAAGGGCGUGUCAGAAGCAAACGACUUUUCCUCCCGAACCCCGAAAUGCGGGGUCGUUCAGUAAGCGAGCCAUCAAUGUGAACCAUCGCAUCUUUUGUCGCAAGUCGCAAUCCAGAUCUGUUGCACGUCGACAAAUGCUUUGGGAGAGAGUUCACCUCGGCUAGAGAUGAGAUAGCCGGUGUCGAGAUUGUGUGAAAACCUUCACGAUUUGUUGUUCUAUCUCUUGGUAUUCGAUGAUAUUUGACUGCAGAGACACUGAACCCCUACGAAAACAACAAAAUGCCCAAAGCUUUUGGUAGCACUAGCCCGUGGGCUGAUCCAGCAUGGUAUUCCGGGAGGCCAUCUCCAUACUACAACGCAAGAUAUGUCAAGCUUCGAGACUGGGUCAGAAAAUGGACCGAAGAUAAUGUAGUCGGAAAUGAAGAAGAAUGGGAAAAGGUUGGCAAGAUCCCGGACGACGUCUAUGAGAAGUGUGCUCGAGAUGGACUACUUGUCCCAAUCGCGUUCGGAAACCGCAUUCCUCGAGAAUGGGGACACUAUCCGAUCGCCGCAGGGAUCAAAGCAGAAGAGUGGAAUGGGUUCCAUGAUUUUAUCCUUUGGGACGAGUUGUUUAGAGGAGCAUCGAGUAUCUCGAGCCAGUUCAUCGGAUUGGUUGUUGGCGCACCGCCGUUGAAGCAAUACGCCUCCCCAGCUUUGCAGAAGAAGAUUCUUCCUGAGAUCCUAAGCGGAAAGAAGAGGAUAUGUCUUGCUAUCACGGAGCCGUCUGCGGGGUCAGAUGUGAGGAACAUCACAACGACUGCUGAGAAGACGCCCGAUGGGAAGCACUAUAUUGUCAAUGGCGAGAAAAAGUGGAUCACCAACGGAAUAUUCUCUGAUUAUUUCAUGACAACUGUAAGGACAGGUGGUGCCGGAGCAUCAGGCAUGUCCAUGUUGCUCAUCCCCCGCCUCCCAGGUCUGAAACCCAGAAAAAUAGAGAUUGGAGGUAGCAGCAUGGGAGCGACAACCUACGUCACAUUCGAAGAUGUGAAAGUACCCGCCGAAUAUCUUGUUGGCCAAGAAGGCGGUGGCUUUAAAUACACCAUGAGCAACUUCAACCACGAGCGAUUAUGGAUUGCAUUCCAAGCACUUCGAGGCUCGAGGAUAUGUCUUGAGGAUGCGAUGACGUGGUGUCAGAAGCGCGAAGCCUUUGGGAAGACGUUGAUUGAGCAGCCAGUUGUCAGGCAUAAAUUUGGACAUAUGGCGAGACAAAUCGAUGGUCUUCAGUCGUGGAUCGAGUCUUUGAUUUAUGAGCUGGAGAAUAUGAGCCAUGCCGAAGGGUCGAAGGUGUUGGGCGGCGCAACAGCUUUGCUGAAAGUACAGGCUGGUAUCGUAGCAAAAUAUAUCGCGGAUGAAAGCCAGAAACUUAUGGGAGGACUUGGCUUGACCAAAACGGGACAAGGAGCAAGAAUCGAAUCAAUAGCACGAGCCAUUCCAACAUUGAUUGUGCCGGGUGGUUCCGAAGAUGUAUUGCUUGACCUUGGUGUUCGUGAAGCUUUGAAAUUGAGUGCUGCAGCGAAGAAGGCGAAACUGUAGCUGCAGUAGAAGGAAAAUUAGUAUUACAUAGCACCGACAGUCGAUUGCUCAUUGCCGACCGAAAACACCGCUGCCAAAUCUUGUGCACACGUCUUCAUGAGAAGUUUCUCCUGUCUUGGAGGUAUUGCCAGUUGCCAG